AUGGAACAUGUGUCGACGCUCUGUGCAAUUGGCACAGUUGGAAUCGCCGCCACGGGCUUCGCCCUGGGCAGGAACGAGGCGAGCCAACCACAACCUCCACCGCCCGCUCCCAAGCGGCGACGUUCUAUCUUUCGAAACAGUUAUUCUUCUCCUUUGGCCCGUGUCCUAGAUAUGUCGUCGUCCCCGGCUGACGCAUUGCCUACUCGUUCGUCUUCCAAUGCGCAUAGGCCGGCAACUUCCCAUGUUCCUCCUCCCAAGCCAGCGGAUGAUUUCUCAAGGAGCAGUCCAGAUACAGCACAUCCGGUGAAAGAUAUACCACAAGAAGCCCCAAGGACUCGUCCGCGUCGUCGAACUUAUGUGGGGCCCCUCCCUUUGUCUGUUAUGUCUGGUGAUGAUUCUACAAUUGAGCCUCUAGUAGCAUCCCCUACGGGAAGGCCGUCUUCAUCUUGGCUACGGCGCCUUUCCAUAAUAUCUUCAUCUCAAAACGACAGCCCUCUCUCAGGUUCGCGGCCGGACUCGCCAUCUCUCAGUGGGUCCACGAGUCCCUUCUUCUCUUCUCCUUUCCGCAUGGAUCAAGCACCCAAUAAGUUGGUUAAACGAUCCUCAUCACAGCGUGUCCUAGCAAAUUCCCAUUUGCAGGGGACGGGAUCCGGAUCUCUCGCAGCACCCGCUCCACUUCUACGGCGACCAGCCACUAGCCACCAGAGACUUGCAAAUAUGAGACAACAGUCGUCCACCGACAACCGUAUGCAAUUGGAACCUCCAUAUUCCCCCCUUUACCCUCCCAAACAGACGCCGUCAGAAACGUUUGAUUCAACGAAUGGGACUUGGAGACCAUACUUCCGGUCUGAAUAUCCCUAUUCUCCGGAGAUUAGACGGCGUCCGUCCGCAAGACAUAGAGAUCGUUCCCCUCGUCGACUCGUACCCGAGCCUGGUGUUGUCCCUACAUUACUUCUUUCAUCCUCCAUAACGCGUGAUACCCCCAAUCACACAUACAGACACGACCAGACUAGAGCUUGUAUUAACCACGAUGACACAAUUCCAGUUGACUCAGCUACUCAACCUAUACCAAUAGGUGAGCGGAGUCCGCAGCACUCCCUUUCUGGUGAAAGAGAAACAGGAACUUCACCGGCUUCAUGGAAAUCCUCAGCCCAGGGAAAUCUGGGGCGUCGUCGUGGGUUUUCGUUUCCUAAGGAGUGCUCCAUAGAACCCGAUCCGCUCUCGGACGAUCUAGCCGCUAAACUUGAGGGGUUAGGUGUAAACUCAAUGCGGCUUCGGAAAAGGAGACCAGUCACUGAUGUAGAUCUAUUCAGGCGUCGAUCGUCUUCUUCGCCAAUAGAAUUUACUCUCAACCAGCUUAACCCUAUAGUCUCAGAAAACAACUCCCCUAAAUCUCGCCUCCGCCGGCGCCCGCAAUUUUCAGAACUCCGUGGCGAGUUUCCCCUUGGACAGAUCUGGUGCGACCUACCUUUAGAUCCCAGAUCCCGGUCAUCAUCAGGGGAGCAGUCGCUUAAUCCCUCCGGAAACACUUUUUCUUCCUGCUCCAGCCGUCCCAAAAGCCAAAGACUUUCUGCAGCUACCUCUGACCCGGCUUCCACCUUGGUUGGCUCAGACAAUGACACACGAAUAUUCAGCUCAGGGGAUGAAGAUGAGACUGAUUUCCAAAGUGAGACAGCAUUUGAUUCCCUUCCUACCCGUGUGGGUGUGGGCAACCCUCCAGCUCACCGUGGCCCGCACAUCGAAACGAUAUUCGAUAAGCCAUCACCAUCGGAACUUGCCUGCGAGACCGUCAAUGUCCUUGAGAACCUAACUCCUAACGCAGUUUCCAAUCGAUUAAACGCCCUUCAUGAUGGCGACCUUAAUAUUAACGAUAGCCCCUCAUUAUCUGCUGAUGAACCUCAGAUCUUACUGCUCACGCAAGAGUCUAUACAGCGGCCCGAUUCGUUAGCGUCGAGUUCUACGGAAAUUUCCAAUGAUGGCCCCAUUGAAUGGAAUAGCCUAGAUGAUAUAGAGCCCAUGGGCGACGGGGAUGAACAAUUACCAUCCUAUGUUGGAUCGAGUUCUAGCCCUUCGCCUCUUCAAGGUUUGAUAACGCUCCGGCCAAGAAUAGACUGUUCCCAUUCAUCUAUUACGCUUGACGGAACUUCUGGUAGAGAGGCGCGAGUUUCGCUCUUUGACUGGUCAGAACAACAGCGAAACGAUAAAGACGUACGGAGCUCUGAGUUUCGCCCCAAAACGGUUCACGGCAAACAGGUUCCUGACACACGCGGGGGUCGUACUGUAACGCGACGUUGUGGUAGUGCUGUGCACCUUAGAAGUCAAAGCGUACCAAUUGCGCGGGAGCCAUCACUCUCAGAUAAUGCACAUCAAUCCAUUCCGAAAUUCGGCACAUGGGGCUUAGGGAAUAAAGGUGUGAGCGAGGACUGGGAUGGCGACUUUGAGUUCGAGGAUUCUGAUAAACAAGAUGAGUCGAAAGGGAAUGAUGUACAGUUGAACCAGCUACCAUCAAAUCCAGGCAUGAAGGUACCAAAGGCCAUUAUGGAGCGUCAAGCUAGCGUUCAUGGCCAGUUCGGGCAUGUUCAAGAAUUAACAUUACUUGUGGAGGAACUCAAACGACUCCACACCCGCGCGGGUGCCCUAAACAUUCUUGAUGGCCCGUCUAACGAGUUGUGGAGAGAAGCUAAGGGCAUUAUUAACCUGGCUACAUUAGAGGAUGAUGACGAAGACGAAGGAAACCAUAGUACACAGCACCAACUACCAUCAACCACUUUUAGCAUUGAAGAUUCAGAUGACGAUUUCUUUUCUAUUGGAAUAACUAACGACCAAUCUGGCCGUACGAAUAAUGAUACUCGUCGAUCACCGCUCUCCAAGAAAAUAAACCCGAAUCCUAGUAUAACCCCGCCUCCUCGACCAAGAACGGACUCUUCUUUGAAAGCCAAAUUUGUUCUUGACACGAUACACCAAAAGCGCAGUCUCCAGGGCACGGAGAACAUUGCGUCCAGCACAGACCCACAUCAGAAAUUACCAUUUGACACCCAGUCACUGCGAGACCUUGUUAUUCGAGCCGGCGUCGUUACAAGGUCCCUCAAGGAAGUUGUUCGCAAGGCUGAGGGAGUGUGCAUGGGUUCCGAAACCGAAACUAACUGUCGCCCCCAAGACCCCCCAUUUAGUCAAAUGUUUACCCGGCCACAAAGUGAUACUGAGUCUUCACGCUGUCUUCCGGGAUUGGCCCGGUCGAAAAACACAAAUGGAUAUCGGAGUAUUGCCGCACCCAGCACUACACACAACGAAAAUGACGGCUGUGAACGUAUGGCAAUGACUGUUGUAUGA